AUGAGGUGUUUUGUGUUCGUGUUACUAUUGCCUGCGUGCCUGGCACACCUCAAUGUUUACCUGAGUAGCGCCGAAGUGUGGAGGUUAUUGGGUUUGACUGCUGAGCUGUUCUACGUUCGAGAUGGCCAGAUCAACGAGUAUGCACUUAACUUCGUGGUGCCUGUUCCUGCUACCAUCACGGACUUGCAUUUCACCUGGCAAAGCCUUACUAGGAAACCGUUACCAUACACACUACACGUCGACGUAACGGAUCAACAGAAUGCUAUGCACCCGCCUACCGUCAAUAUAUCAAACGAGGGCUUCGUGCCGACAGAGCCACAAACAUGGCGAGUGGAUUUGCCGUGUACGCACACUGUCGCCGCUGAAGUAGACAUCAUUAUAUUUUUGAACGUAUCAACGGGUUCUUCUUCGUCUGCAUUGCGAUUUAGAAGAAAGAAAAUAUGUCUAAAGGAGGCACCGAGACCGGCUGUGAGAGUGGAUAGUGUCCCGCAUGCGCCUACGUCAGCUGAUAUAUUUUACGCGGGAGCUGGUUGUGCUGGCGGAGCACUGCUAAUAGCUGCAGUCGCUGCAGCUGCUUGUCGAGCACGAGCGCGAAAGUUACGACGCGCAAGAAGCGAUGAACAAGACGCUCACGCAUUCUUACCAGACUCGUCCUGUAAGUCUGCUGCCAGUUAUACCAGCUACCGACGUCCUACCUCACUGCCUGCUGCGGCAGCUGAAGAAAAAGCUAGAGAUCUACAGCAAAGAAUAGCGGAACUGACGAUACAACGGUGCAGAGUGAGAUUGCGUUCUGUGGCCAUGGAAGGAACUUUUGGACGCGUAUAUAGAGGAACCUAUGCUGAUGAAGACGCAAGGGAACAAGAAGUGCUUGUGAAGACUGUCGCUGAACACGCUUCUCAAGUACAGGUGUCACUACUACUUCAGGAGGGCUGCAUGUUAUAUGGACUUCAUCACGAACGGGUAUUGUCGGUCUUGGGUGUCAGUAUCGAAGACCAAACAGCUCCAUUCUUGUUAUACCCCUGGAACUCGACAUGGAGGAACUUGAAGCAGUUCCUUUUGGCCUGUCGUGGUGUGACCGUGGGAGGUGCAGCGGGCGGGGCGCCACCACCGCCGCCUCUGACGACGCAACAUGUUGUCAGAAUGGCUCUCCAUGCAUUGGAUGGACUACUAUACCUUCACUCUCAGCACGUCUUGCAUAAAGACAUCGCUGCUAGGAAUUGCAUAGUUGACGAAAAUCUCCGAGUGAUGAUUGCGGACAACGCUUUGUCAAGAGAUUUAUUCCCUGCUGACUACCACUGUCUCGGCGACAAUGAGAACCGGCCAAUCAAAUGGUUGGCACUAGAAGCUCUGGCGAAGAGACAGUUCAGCCCAGCCGCUGAUGUCUGGGCUCUAGGAGUUUUAUUAUGGGAGCUGACGACGUUAGCGCAUCAGCCUUAUGCUGAGGUAGAUCCCUUCGAAGUAGCUGCCUAUCUAAGGGACGGCUACCGGUUACAGCAGCCAGCCAAUUGCCCAGAUGAAUUAUUCGCGGUGAUGGCGUACUGUUGGGCGAUGUCGCCGGACGACCGGCCGACGUUGCCGCAGCUUCAGAUCUUCCUGCGGGACUUCCACACACAACUCACGAGAUUCGUGUAA